AUGUCCGAGUCCUUUUCAGAGACCCGAUCACAACCUCCGUCACCGCCGUCAAUCCCCCUGCCACGCUCACCAUCUAUACCCUCGACACCCAGCACUGGAAGUCCACAAGUCUUCACAGUCCCAGCGUCCUGUCCCUCCACUUCCCAGCCCACUUCAGCCCCCAGUUCCCACACCUCUUCCGCUGAAAGCUCCAUACUUGACUUGUCCGUAUUCAUUUCACUCAACCCCCAACCAGUAAUGACCCGUGAUCCCAGCCCAGGCAUGACUUUUCCAAGUCUACCCAGCUCAGAGGCAGACCCUCAGUCCAUGUCCAGCUCUCAAGCCAGCGAAAACUUCACCGCUCCAAGAGGUACUUGGACUGUCUCAACGGAAGAAUAUCCUCGACCGACGGACAAUCUACAACCAAUCUCGCAAACCAGCUCCGAAGAAGGCUUCAUCUAUUUCACCGAGACCCUACCCCUGAGCCCUCCUAUUCCACUUUCCCGGUGCCGGGGCGGUACUCCUCAGAUUAACUCCCAAGCUACUUCCCCGGACACUUCAAAUCCCCAACCCAGCAUUUAUCCAUACCCUACUCCUAUCCUACAAGUCAAAAUGCCCGGCUAUUGGGCUUCCUCUCGCAGUACUUCCCCCAUCCAAUCUCCGUUGUCCAGCUCUCAGCCAAGUCCCCAACCUCAUACCGCAACGAGCUCCAACCCCUACCCCAGUCCUAUUCUCCACGUAACCAUCAUGCCCGGCUCUUGGGUUUCCUCACCCAACUCUCCUAUCUCUUCUCUUUUCAGCUCGCCUGCUCUUGAGGCGGCUAUCUCUAGAGAUUCCAUUCCUUCGAAUCCUUCCACCACUUUCACCACUUCCACCGUUUCUCCCACUUCUUCUACUCCUAUUAUGCACGCGGGGAAUGACGCAGAAAAUACAGGUACUUCACAAAUAACCAUCACCAUCGCCGGCCUCAACAUCUGCAACCCUACCACAUAUGGCACCAACACCGACAGAAACACCAACACAAACACAUGCACUAACCCCAGUGACAACACCAAUGAAAAAGGACUUAACGCCGCUUUGACAACUUUGACUACCAUGCGCAGCUCGUGUGAAGGUGGUCCCCCUUCUCCUGCUAGUAGUACGGGUAGUUUUGAGCUGGGUUGUGUUCAGCAGUGA